AUGAUAUCACCGAGCGCUGUGCGCAACUGGCUUCAGGAAGGUGCCAGGAAUGGGAGACAACACGUGCGCGGCUACCGUGCAACCAUCCUCGCGACAGGGGAAUCCCAUGGCCUCACCAAUAUGGGCAUCGGACUGCAGCCCACUGCAGGACCAGUCACAUUCAGACUUGAUGAGGCGCCAGUGCUGGUUCCGAGGAUAGAGAGGGGAAAAGGGGGAGGGGAAUGCUAUGCCUGCAACCUUGAACCUCGCCUCUGGUGUGCGGCGCCGAAGAAGAUCGUCCUCAACCGCGGAGAUCCCUGCUGCCAACCCGAACCUGUCGCAACUUGUGCAAAAGCUCCGUCUGGCUACGCCUUCGGCGCGAGCACUCGGCUGCGCUCGGUUCCCGUCGGCAGAGGCGCUGAUGACCAUGAUGAUGACCAUGAUGAUGACCAUGAUGAUGACCAUGAUGAUGACCAUGAUGAUGACCAUGAUGAUGACCAUGAUGAUGACCAUGAUGAUGACCAUGAUGAUGACCAUGAUGAUGACCAUGAUGAUGAUGAUGAUGAUGAUGUCGAGCGCCCUCUCAACCAAAAUAGAGAGCGAGAAUGUCUCACUGGGAGAAGCCUCAUGCCAUGUUGA